AUGGGGAAAGCAUUAAUCGUAGUGGAUGUUCAGAAUGAUUUUUUACCACCCAGUGGUUCUCUAGCAGUGCCCCAAGGCGACCAAGUUGUGUCGGGCAUUGCACACCUAAUGCAAGACGAUCGAUGGGCUUGCGUGGUAGUCACGCAGGACUGGCACCCCAAAACGCACACCUCAUUCGCAGUGAAUCAUCAGCAACCCGAUUUUAGCGAGUUCACUUACACUUCGCCCACCGACUCAUCUCGGACGCAAAGGGGUAUGCUAUGGCCCGUACACUGCGUUCAAGACACCCCAGGCAGCGAACUGGCUCCUACCAUAGCUGCGACGCUAGAGGAACUCGCGACAGAUCACCACGUCGUGAAAAAAGGCUACUUGGCCGACCGCGAAUACUACUCGGCUUUCAACGACAUCUGGGGCCUGCACAAGACAGAACUACAUUCACUACUGGACAGACACGGAAUAAACGACGUUUUUGUCGUAGGACUCGCCCUUGACUACUGCGUGAAAAACACGGCUAUCUCUGCUGCUCAGUUGGGCUACCGUACAACGAUCCUACAAGACUACACCCGGGGCAUUGCCAAUGACUCCAAAUCUAUGGCUUCCUUGAAACAAGAACUAGUCCAAAACGAUGUCGCACUGAAGUGA